AUGAAAGCGGCACGCGCCCUUGUUCCAGCCUUCCUGGCAGCCAGCCGCGUCGCUGCCAUGCCGCAGCGCAGCGCGCCGCAACAAGCUAUACUCGACGCGUCGACGAAGCAUCUCGCCAAACCACUUGGUGUAGGCCACUUCAGCGAAUGGAGCCGUGCCACAAAGAAGGAGUUCUUGGUAGACUGGCAGGCCGGUAGGGAGGAUGAGUGGACCAUGGUAAUGGGCAAUGAGGGCGGUGAUAUGGACUCCAUGACCGCGGCGCUCACUUGGGCCUACCAUCUUGAACACUCCACCGAACACACCGACAAGCCUAUCAAGGCCAUUGCACUCCUUCAGACACCGUCGCAUGCGCUUGAUCUGCGACCGGAGAACAGGCUGGCCCUCGACAAUUCGCAGAUGACGCCUGGCCACGAGGACUUGUUGACGCUGGAUGAGCUGCCUGAGGACCCCGAGACUCUGGGCAAGAAGCUCAAGGGCAUCGUCCUGGUCGACCAUGGCAGCCCUCUACGAAAGUGGAACGAGGCAAAGAUCCUGAGCAUCUUCGACCACCACAAAGACCGCGGUACUGCUCCUGACGCCGAACCCCGUGUCUUCGAAGUAGCAGCAAGCUGCACUACGCUCGUGGCCCGCCAGAUGCUCGAUGAGCUCGAGAAACUUGACGAAGAAUACCACAUGCCGCACGAACUGCUCGAGCUAGUCCUCAGCGCCAUUGCCAUUGACUCCGGCGGCUUGUCAGGCAAGAAGACGACCAAGACCGACAUCGAAGUCUCCAAGCGUGUCCUCGCACGCAGCAACUGGAAGAAGGACAGCCUCGAAGACGUCAUGGAGGACCUCGACGACGAGCUCAGUAAGGCACAAAAGGACAUUGACAACCUUGGUCUGCGCGACCUGUUGCGCCGAGACUGGAAGGGAGACAUCAUUGAUACGCCGUCCCCGCGCACUCCUACCGUGAGCAUUGGCUUCGCCUCGAUUCCAUACUCCAUGGACGAGCAGAUCCUCAAGACGGACUUUGCGGAACUCUUUGACUGGUUCGCCGUCCAUGCCGCCUGGACCGCCGAAGCCGGCGUCGACAUCUCCAUCACGCUCAACAAGUACAAGAAGCACUACAAAGACGGCGAGAAGGAGAAGAUCCGCGAAGUCGUCCUCACCGUCCGCGACGACGUCCGUAUCGACCAGGACCAAGCCGACUCGCUCUUCAAGACCGUCAAGGAGGCGUUGGAGAAUAACGAGGAGGGUAUUGAUUUCCAGCCGUGGCACCGUGCGGAUCAGUUGGCGCCUAGGCAGAUGGUAUGGACGCACAAGAGUAGUGCGGGUAGGAAGGUUAUCAGGCCGAUUGUUGAGGAGGCGGUUAUGAAGUGGGAUUAA